AAAAUCGAAUUUUUAACUUGUGAUCCGAAUUCCCCCAUAGGACUCUAUCUGAUUUAUUUCAUCGAAUAUUUUUUCAAAUAAAUGAACAAAUAAAUCUAAUUAAACCUAAUUUAUUAAUUGCUCAAGGUGAUAUAACAACUGCACUUGUGUCUGCUUUAGUUGCUGCAUAUAAUCAAAUUCCAGUUGCACAUGUUGAAGCCGGUCUUCGAACAUUUAAUUUAUCAAAUCCAUUUCCUGAAGAACUUAAUCGAAAAAUAAUUGAUUCAUUUGCUAAAGAAGUACUUAUUCGAGAAGGUGCAUAUGAAACAGAUAUAUUUGUAACUUGUAAUACUGUUAUUGAUGCAUUUUAUCAAUAUUAUAAACACGAAAAUCCAAAUAAAAAUAAUUUAAUAUUAAGAAUAAUUGAUAAUUUUAAAAAGAAUUCAAUAAAUAAAACUCAUUCAGUUUUUAUUGUUGUUACUAUGCAUCGAAGAGAGAAUUUUCAAUAUUUAUUCGAUAUGUGCCGUGCUGUAAAAACUAUAGCUAACGAACAUUAUGAAAAUAACUUAAAUAAUGUUAAAAUUGUUGAUCCAAUAUCAUAUGAUAUAUUUGGUUAUGUUUUAUUAGAAUCAGAUAUAAUUAUGGUUGAUUCAGGUGGAAUUCAAGAAGAAGCAGUUAGUAUUGGUAAACCAGUUAUACUAAUGAGAAUGACAACUGAAAGACCUGAAGGAAUUUAUCUUGGUACAAUUAAACAAAUAGGGAUUUUUUAUGAUGAUAUUAUAAAAGCAGUUAAUGAUAAAUUGAUAAAUAUUAAAAUAACGAAUCAAACAUCGAAAAGAAAUAUCUUUGGUGAUGGAAUAGCAUCAAAACAAAUUGCUACUAUUAUUGAGAAUUAUUUUUCCGGGAAAUAUACAUCAAAUAUAAAAUGUAUGAUAAAAUUUCGUCAAGAUUCUAUUGCUCAAUAUGUUUAUUCAUAUACAAAUAUAUCAUCACAUGCUAUUCGACGAAAUAUGAUGAUAAAUUUAACAAAAUAUAAUAUAUCAAAGAAAAAUGAGGAUAUAUUUGCACUUACUGCGAUUAUUGGAUUAUUCCGACGAUGGAUGGAAGCACUUCUUUUACAAACACAUCCACCAAAAGAGAUUUGGAUUAUUUAUUUUGCUUCACCUGUUGCAGAUAAACUUGAUCUUGAAAUUAAAGAAAUGCGUUCAUUAUUCUAUAAUGGAUCAAAUUAUUGUAAUAAAUGGUGUAUAAAAAUAAAUGUCAAAUGA